UGUCUUUAUUUCAACACGCUCUCUGUGCUCGGAGGGCGUUUCCUUCAAGAUCAGAUGAAGCAAACUGCAGCCUCUUAGCCCAUCGGAAAUCUGCACAAUGGAUAAAAUGCUCUAGAAGGAGACCAAAGGACAGCUUGGUUGAAGAUCAGUUUGUUCGAAUCCAACAGGAGCCUCAGUCAUAACUCUGCUUCGUGAGGAGAACAGUGAAGGAGCCCAAUGAGGAGCCUCAGAGUCACCAUCGUCAUGCUCCUCUCAGUUGUGAGUGGCAUGCUACAUGUCGAGAUCACAGAGACAGGAACAGAGGGAAACAUCGCUGUCAUCGUAUGUCCUUAUAGUAAAGGAUAUGAAUCUUACCCCAAGUAUUUCUGUAAGGGAGUCUAUAAAGUCUGUGAGACUCUUGUAAAAUCUAAUGGGAAUGACUCCUGGACAUAUAAAGACAGAAUGUCUAUGAAUGACGACACUAAGCAGAAAAAGUUGGUAGUGACCAUCAGUGACCUCAGAAUGGAGGAUGCAGGAGAUUACGGCUGUGGAAUCGAGACAAUAGGACGAGACCCUUUUACUCAAGUCCAUCUGAAAGUGAUUAAGGCUCCUAAGCCACCAAAAAGAACUCAAUCAAACCCCACCCAGUCUUCACCACCACCUCCCACCGUCUCCACCAACAAAACAGUCACACACUUCCUCAACCAGCACAGUACAUCUGAAACAGUUCUCAGCUCUACUGCAGCCCCUUAUCUGGCUGUCUUCACCCCACUGAGUGUAGGUGCUGCCCUGCUCCUUCUUGUUGGUGUGUCUCAGGUUUUUUAUGACAGACUAAAGAGGAGCACUGCAGGCAAUUCAGGCUCAGUCAACUCUCACCACUCAUGUGGGCCACUCACAGGAAGUGCUGAGGAUGGAACAGACUAUGAAAAUAAUUCACCUGGAAAUCAGAAGUCUGUGACAAUGAGCCUGGACUACCAGAACGUAAACUUCAACACCCAGCAAUCAGAUUCAGUCUGCCAGAGCCUAAACUCCAACACCAACCAAUCAGAUUCAGUCAAUCUGAACCUAAAUCCCAACACCAACCAAUCAGAAUCAGUCUACCAGAGUCUAAACCCAAACGCCAACCAAUCAGUCUACCAAUGCUUAAAAUCCAAAACUAACCAGUCAGAUUCAGUCUACCAGAGCCUAAAUCCAAACACCAACCAAGUAGAUUCAGUCUACCAAAGUCUAAACUCCAACACCAUCCAGUCAGAUUCAGUCUAACAGAGCCUAAAUCCCAACACCAACCAAUUAGAUUCAGUCUACCAGAGCCUAAAUCCCAACACCAACCAAUUAGAUUCAGUCUACCAGAGCCUACAUCCCAACACCAACCAAAGUCUAAACUCCAACAUCAUCCAGUCAGAUUCAGUCUACCAUAGCCUAAAUCCGAACAAUCAAUCAAACAGUCUACCAGUAUUUAAAAACCAACGUCAAUCAGAUUCAACCUACGAGAGCCUAAACCCAAUGCCAGCAAAUCAGAUUCAGUCUACCAGUGCCUAAAGCUGAACACCAACACAUCAGAUAGUCUAUCAAUGCUUAAAAACCAACAUUAACCAAACAGAUUCAGUCUACCAGAGUCUAAACCCGAACAAUCAAUCAGACAGUCUUGUCUUCUUCUUCUUACGGCUGCUCCCUUUAGGGGUCACCACAGCGGAUCAUCUUCCUCCAUCUUGCCCUAUCCACUGCCUCCUCUACUUUCAC